UUAAAGUAUCCCAUUGCACUGACAGCAGCAGCACCAGCAACAACACCAAAUGCUACGUGUUAUUUGAUGCUUGGGAAUUUUUCUUGGCGCGCACCUGCCACUCAAACGGCCACGCUGAUUGGCUGAGAUGCUGCGCAUACGCAUAGACGCUCUCAUUGCUCACACACCUCAGCGCAGCGCAGUGCAGUGCAGUAGAGGAAAAACUAUAAGAAGCAGUGUAUGAGCGUGGAGAGUAGACAUUCACAUUUGAGCAACGCAAGUGUUAACAACUAGUAGCAAAGCAAUUUUAGAGAAGCAGAAGAAGCUAAGAGCUAGAAAGAAGUACUAAAAAUAUAAAUUGUGUUUUUUUGAAGUGAUAAACGUUACAACAACUAUCAAACAACAUGUCUUCAGCCAACAACAACAACAACAUGUCAAUGCAAUAUGACUGCAACAACAACAGCCAUAAGCAAAAUAACAGUUACAUUGCCGCCACAAAUCAAUCAUUGAUGCCGCACACAGGCUUACAACACACCUCACUCCUACAACACUGGUCCACCAUACAACAAAAGUCCAAAGUAUCACCCUCACGCCGCAUUAAGAACCUGCUGAAGCCACUAUUGGGACGCGUCUUCAAGUCGCGUACGAAGAGUCAACAGAAACGCAAUUCUUACGUCGCCGCCUCACCUAAUGGCGAACGCGAUGCUGAUUUCGAGUGGCUCGCCAACGAGAUGGACAAUCGCGCCAAUGAAGAUCUCGAGCAGCGACUCGUGGAGGAGAUGCAAAUGUGCGAGGAAGGCGCUGCUAUCGUAGUCUACAAUGCGGACGGCACACAUCGCCUGCAAACAGUGGAGAAGGAUGAAUUCUAUGUGCCUGUGCAUUUUGCACGCACCAAUGCCGGCACCUUCUUCUGGACCUCACUGCAACGUCAGACCAUUGAACCCUACAAUAUUCAGUGGAACUUUAUGGAUCGUUGGGCGCAAGCAUAAGCAGCAACAACAAUACUGAUGUUAUUCUGAAGUUAAGGGAGACACUGAAGUUUUUAAGUAUUGCAAUUAUGUACGGGUUUAAUGUAGUAAAGGGAUUCUCAACGGCUACAAGCGCCUGCCAGGCGUCACGCACUGCAGCAAGCAAGGUUUGGUCACUGCGACCUUGUGGAAAGCACGCGUAAACGGGAAAUUUUGGGCGUCAACUCGGGAAGUCAGUAAGCGCUUUAGUAGCGGCUGUGGUAGAAAGUAGAAACAGUUAAAUUGUAAAAAUGCUGCUGGGGAAUACCGCUACUUUUCGCUAGAAAAAUAGCGCGCUAUUCACUGUAUGCAUUUGUUAGGAAAACAGAA